AUGCUCGGGGCGCUGGAGCCGGCCAACGUGUCCGGAGUCCAGGACUUCCUCCUGCUGGGCCUGUCCGCCGGGCAGGGCCCGCGGCGGGCGCUGCUGGUCCUGUUCCUGGCCCUCUACCUGCUGGCCCUGCUGGAGAACACGCUGGUUGUGCACCUGGUCCGCAGCCGCCGCGCCCUGCGCCGGCCCAUGUACUUCUUCCUGGGCCACCUCAGCUGCCUGGAGCUGUGCUACGUGUCGGUGACCAUGCCCAGCCUGCUCGCGGGGCUAGGGGCCGGGCCGCUGCCCGUGCCCUUCCCGGCCUGCAUGGCCCAGCUCUUCUGCUUUGUCUCCCUCAUCGGGACCAAGUGCACGCUCCUGGCCUCCAUGGCCUACGACCGCUACGUGGCCAUCUGCCGGCCCCUGCACUACCCGCUGCUCAUGCGGCCCCGGGUCUGCCUGGCCCUGGCGCUGGCCUCCUGGCUGGGCGGGCUGCUGGUGUCGGUGGUCAAGACGGCCUGCAUCGCCAGCCUGUCCUACUGCGGCCCCAACGUCCUCAACCACUUCUUCUGUGACGUCUCCCCCCUGCUCGGCCUGUCCUGCUCGCACACGGCGCUGGCGGAGCUGGUGGACUUCCUCUCGGCAGUGCUCAUCUUCUGCGGCUCCGUCCUGGUGGCCCUGGCCUCCUACGCGGCCAUAGGCCGGGCUGUGCUGCGCAUGCCUUCGGCCGCCGCCCGCCGCAAGGCCCUGUCCACCUGCGCCUCCCACCUGGCGGUCAUGGGCCUCUUCUAUAGCCUGGUCCUCUUCACGUACUCGCGCCCCGGCCGCCUGGAGCCCAGCGACCUGCACAAGGCGCUGUCCGUGCUCUACACGGUGGCCACGCCCGUGUGCAGCCCGGUCAUCUACUGCCUCCGCAACCGGGAGGUGCAGGCCGCCCUGCGCGGGGCACCCCGGCCAUGCUGA